GAACAUAAACAAAACUUCGGAAACUUCCUGCUCGCUCUCAAAGCAUCACAUCACAGGACAGGAAAUAAACAUUCGAUAGGAAAACGCGUUUUGCAAUGUUUCGAGAAAGUUUGGGUUUUAAUUUGUAAGACAGAAUAUCAGUUAUGUCGGAAGAUAUAGCAGAGGGAGUAGACACCGGCGAGUACACGGAGGCAGUGAGAGUUCUCUCAUCCGGCCUUCUGGAAAUGUACGAACCAACAAUCAAUCAAAUGAAAAGCAAUUUGAAGGAACUACUGGAUAAACAAGAGGAAAUGCAAGUGGCAAUCGCAGAACAGAAACUAACAUAUACUACACAAGAAGUGCAACAAAUAAAUGAAAUGGUUAACAAGGCUAAACUAUAUAAAGAUAAAGCUGUUCGGAUAAAGAAUCAAAUGCAUCAAAUUCACCAAAGGACAAAAAGUUUGCGAACCAAGGCGCUCGAUAUUCAGGAACUAAAGGUCAACCAAUGCGCAUCAAAAUUGCAGCAGUUGCAUUACGAAGAAUCACUGGUAGCCAAUAGUAAAAUGGUUCAAAACAAAAAAUCAUAGAACAAGAUUAUUCCCUCGAUACAUAAGGUCGGGUAUAUUAUUAAAAUAAAAUGGUCAUGUAUUUUUGUCAAGGCUUCUGUUCGUUGUUUGAAGUCACAAAAAAAAUGUCGGAAAAAAAUAUACACUUGUUUACAAAAUUAUACAAAAAUGUUCACAUAGGCUAUUCAGACUACGAGCUCUAAACGUAUAGAGUAGUUGGACGUCAAACUUAACACAUCCAAAUUUCUCUGCGAAUAAUCCCAAGUAACCAAAAGUUCCUUUAAAAGUAGGUUUUUUGCUUAAUCAGCAUAAGCAAAAAACGUACUUUAAAAGGAACUUUGGGUUACUUGGGAUGUAUUUGUUCCAUAUCAAGUUAUAGAGAUGAGCCAGCCGUGGGCUGAAAAUCUCUGAUAAAGAUAAAAAAAUCGAAACUAAAGCUGAAUCUCGUAGUCUGAAUGGCCUAUUGGGCCAAACACAAUGUAUACGUUUGCGUGCGUUACGCAAACGUACCCAUUCUGCGUGGCUCUUAUAACAGGUUGAUAAACAUCCAAUGUGAUAUUUUGUGAGGAUUCCAGAAAUAAAAGAAAAUACGGCCACAAUACUUGUGGUAAUAAUAGCGAUUUCCAGUUAGGUUGAGCUUUGGAAUUGCUUACCGGCUAUAAAUUUGGGUUCAUAACCCAAAAACCUGCUAGUUUGAUGUUUUACACGAUUUAAUGUAUGUCGAUUCCGCACUUCAAUCGGUUCAAUGAGUAACAAUUAAAAAAGUUCUAAAAGUAAUGAAUAAAGCUUAAUAAUAAUUGAACUUGAUCCGCUCAAACUAACUUUGUCGCCAAGCACACAAGAUACAUAGAUAGAUUAUAAAAAUGCAUAUGUGAAGAGGUUCGGUCACUAUUAUGUUGCCUCAUUAAAUUCAUUUGAUUUGUAUCAACUCGGUAUGGAUGACCUUUAGAUUUAACAUAAGUUGCAUUAUUCUCGAAGAUGUGUGUCUUUCCCCUAAAUUGCCAUUGGCGAAUCUCAAAGCACGGAAAAUCAAAUUUGACUUAACAAUUAAACCCAUUUUUAAAAGUUUUCUACAUUUUACUUCUAUUUAAAAAAUUUCUUAUCUGGAAUCUGAACCAAAUGUGGCUUAGGAUGUAAGCAUUUGCUCACUUUGUACAAAGCAUGUGGCAAACUAUUAACUAGGGCCUUUGUGAUUCAACGAAAAAAAGAUAUUACUAGAAAAAGAAAACGCAAAUAUUAUUUUUAUCACGUUGUUUGUGGUACCAGUUUACACAUACAUUUAAAAAUAUAAUAAUUCUCAUAUCAAUAAAAUUAUGAAACAAUUACAA